AUGGCAUCCAAAUUAGUCUUGAGCGUUUUUCUUUUUCUGGUGCUUGUCUCAACUCAAGCUGAAGGAAACAACAACUUCAACUUGGUCAUGGCAUCAAGAACUCUCUCCGAUAAAGGCUACCAAGUAAUGUCAAUGAUCUUCCAAGUGUUCCUCAAUGAUCUCAAUGUUUCAGGGCUGUUAAGGGGCAAUUCUACUUUUAUCGUUUUUAGGGUUCGUUUGCCACCAUUAACUCUGCUUCAGUACCAGGUUGUGCCUUCGAAACUUGAUGGCGAGGCUCUGCAAUCUCUUCACCAUGGUUCCAAGGUUGAUACACUGCUUCUCGGUCAUCCUCUAGUAGUCACUACUCUACCAACAGACAAAUACACAUCCCUCAACGGAGUCACAGUCACUGAAUGGAAUAUUUAUAACGAUGGAGGUUUGAUUGUUCAUGGCGUUGAUAAGUUCUUCAACCCUACUUUUCAGAACUUGAUAUAUCCAUGGUACGAUGUGAAGAAAGAUAUGUUAGAAAUUUUAUGGAUCUAA